CCCCCCCCCACACCUCUCCGGCCUACACCCCAGCUUUUGUAUGCAUAAAUAAGUAAAACAAAUCUUUAAAAAAAAAAAAAACAUCUUUUGAAAUACGGUGCAUCAGAGAAGGGCUGCCUUUGCUCUUCGUCACCAAUAACAGCAGCAGGUUCCAGCCACACCCAACCAGGUGCCUCUAACAUGGGGCUUUGAAUAAUGGGAAUUUUUUUUAAACCACAAAUCAGACAAGAAAUGCAUCUCCCUUCUCACCCCAGCACACAUUUAACCCAAAUGAACUUAUUCCAUGCUGCCAUCGGCACCAGCGCCCCCUCGCACACGCUACAUCUUUUCCAGGGACGACGGAGACCAGAGAGUGCACCAAAGUCCCCAGCUGCCAGGGCCGACAGAGGCCACCAUGACGGCUCCGAAAGCCAGGCUGGAGGUCCUCGCCGUGGCCCCUCUCUACCAAGGCCCCGACAUCAAUAGGAUCAGACUGACGGCAGAGCCAGCCAAAAAGCCACCCGCCCACCUCAAGCCCCUGCUCUUCUCUGACACCAAACACACCACCGUUGAGGCCAAGAGGAUCAUGUCUGUGGUGGACGAGACCAUCCACAAGGUGGAGCUGGUGACCCUGCUGUCCCACGUGCCCCCCAGGUUCCAUGUUCUGGAGGGGCUGCUGAAAGAGGACAUCAUGAAGGCACUGAGAGAGCACGAGGGGCUCUGCCAGAGCCUCCAGGUCAAUCUUGAGCACCUGGAGGAAGAAAUGCAGCAAGAGGAAGAGGAGGAGGAGGGGUGGCCCCAGGACCUCGUCCCCUCCCUGGACCCGCAGGGGCUCACUGUCUCCUCCCUCUCGCAGCAGAUCAAAGACUCCACUAGGAACAUCUUGAGGCUCUUGCUCAAUAACCCCCAGGCUGCCAGGCUCUUGAAGACGCAGGUGCUGAGCCGCAGUGCGGAGGCCCAGAAGUUUAUUGACAGCCUGAUUGAGCUCCGGGGCUUCCUGUUUGAGAAACUGCUCACUAGUCCCACGGAGGCGCGGGAAAAGGCCCAGUUCAUACAGGACGUCAGCAGGAGGAACAGGAGGAACCAAGAGAUCAUCGAUGAGCUUGAGCAGGAGCUGGCGGAGAGCAUGAAGAGCAGGGACAAAGAGCUGGAGAAGGACAGCUUCGUGAUCCGAGAACUGAAAAACCACUUGUAUCAAGUGCUCAAGUUCUCAGAGAACAGCCUCCUUCGCGCCAAGCAGGAGGCGGAGAAGCAGCAGAGGGCGGACUUCCGGGCCUCGCAGGCCAGGGUGGCCAAGAUCCAGCAGGAGCUCCUGAUGCUGCGGUCCCAGUUCAACAACCUGCUCGCAGAGAACUGGGAGGCCGAGCAGGCGCUGAGAAAGAAGAAAUAUAAAGUAGAGACAGAAAUCCAGAACUGGAUCCAGAAGUAUGACACGGAGAUGAGUGAAAAGCAGGAGGAGUACGAGGAGCUGGACACCAUCCACAAGGAGGAGAAGGUCCAGCUGCAGGAGCUGAAGCAGAGGCACGGCGUGUUGGUGGAAGAGUUCGCGCAGAUCCAGGCGGAGCGGGACGUGAACUCCAAAAAGAGGCUGGAGGCCGAGCAGGAGAUGGUGCGCAUGGUGCGGGCAGCCACCCUCAUCCAGGCCGUGUGGAAGGGCUACCUGGUCCGCUCCAUGCUCAGGUCCAAGAGGAAGAAGCGGGGCAAGGGCAAGGGCAAGGGCAAGGGCAAGGGCAAGAAAUGAGCCCCCGACACAGCAGCCCACUCGCCUCACCUCACCCCCCCAGAGCAGGCCAGGGAGCCGCACGCACGGCAGGGGCGGGGGGUGGGGGGUCCUGCCCUCCAGCUUCUAUAGUUUUUCAAAAAUUAGAAAGCAUUUUAAACCACAUCCUGUAAAUAAACCUCACUUCACCCAGGGCUGUUGGCCGUGUUGUGUCCACGCUUGCAGAUGUUUCCCUGGGGGGAGCAUGCAGAGCGCGGUGUGGCGUGCAGCCAUUCCUUCCUUGAGUCGGUGGGAAUCCAGACCCCGGGCUGCAGCCCCCCCAGUCCCAGACUGGAAGCCACAUGGUUGCAGUGGCUACGC